UAUGGGCGGAAACAGGCGAGUUCCGAGACAAUGGUCACUCGUCGCUGACGUCCGGCGGUUCAGGAGUAGAGCAGUCCUCACUGUAUGCGGCCCCGCGGCCGCGGCGGGACCGCAAGCACACGGACGACAGCAACCGGCCUCUAACAUCAGAGCCCACGAUAAAAACUGAGUCCACAACCCCCGGCGUAGGACCCGACGAACCUUCCUUAGACGACAAAGGUGAUAAGAAAAACAAAAGGCAACGACGUCAGCGGACACACUUCACCAGUCAACAACUGCAGGAGCUAGAGGCGACCUUCGCAAGGAAUAGAUAUCCAGACAUGUCCACGAGGGAGGAGAUCGCGAUGUGGACAAAUCUUACGGAAGCUAGAGUCAGGGUGUGGUUCAAAAAUCGGAGAGCAAAAUGGCGGAAACGCGAGCGGAACGCUAUGAAUGCGGCCGCGGCAGCCGCAGCUGAUUUUAAGAACGGCUUCAGCACACAAUUCAACGGCCUCAUGCAACCUUUUCCGGACACAGACGCACUGUACUCCUCCUAUCCUUACAAUAACUGGGCGGCAAAAGUGCCAAGUCCGCUCGGCACUAAGAGCUUUCCAUGGCCUGUAAACCCAUUAGGGUCGGUCGUCCCAGCGAGUCACCACCAAGGUUCCGUGAAUUGCUUCAACACAGCAACCUCAAUGGGCGGCGUGGGGGGCGGGGGUAUGGCGGGUGUGGGGAGUUCAGCUGGUGUAGGUGGUGGCGUAGCGCAGUGUCCGUACACGGCACCGCCGAACCCAUACAGCAUGUACAGGGCGGAGCCGUGUCCGGCGAUGUCAUCGUCCAUUGCGUCGCUGCGGUUGAAAGCGAAGCAGCAUUCCUCCGGGUUUGGCGGGAGUUAUGGCGGGAUGUCGCCGGUUUCGCGCGCUGGUUCGGCGCCGCUGGCCGCUUGCCAGUACGCGGCGGGCGGGGUGGGCGUGGCGGACCGCGUGCUCUGA